AUGUCAGCAGCACUAUCCUACUCCAUUGAGGAGGCGCGCGAAAUAUUAUUGGACCAAGCUAUCUCUCUGGAAUCGCACAUAUACCUGGAAGGCAGAAGAGAGGAGUACGUGCGCUCAGAGGACUAUGAGCGCCCUGCCAUCAUACAGUCCAGCUUCCGUCACAUCUGGACCUCAGCGCACCCUGAUUGGGAUUGGGAUGAUGCAGAGGGAGGGGAGGAGGACCUUGAAUAUUGCAAACAGCGCGAGGCCACGCAUCAUUGGUUCCGAUCCAACACGCGCAUUCGCGGCGGCUUCAAACGUUUGCCGAGUGACGUCGACAAGGCUAAAUGGACGCCAGAGGACGUGUGUGGCCAUAUCUACAAGAGUGCCAUUCAAGAGUGGGUGGAGGCGAAGUCAGGAUUCAUUCCCGGUUCUGCCGAUGGAUUCCUCGCCCAAUACAGGAGGGCGCGAAGCAAACUCUUCAACUGCCUAUCCACCGAGCAGCAGGACGCUUGUCAGCGGACGGCUGAUGAGUGGAACGGCGUGUCUGUGCCCCUUGAUGUUCAGGUCCAGAACUUUAAUAACAAGUUCGCUUCUGUUUGCCGUGCGUUCACGAUGAUGCUGAUAAAGGACUACGGGGUCUUUCCUUUUGUAUUCUAUGUAGGAGUGCCCGGAAACAACAUACCUGCAGGACUAUACGAGGUUAUGCGCAAACAGGGCUUGGCGGCGCAGACGUUCCGAAGUUUCACGAAGCUCGAGAGCGUCUUUCGCGACAUGAAAUCAUAUGUGAACAUGAAUAUUGAUACGCCUGUAUUUGGAGGACUCAAUAGAUCCAAACAAACGCCCCCACCAUGGAAGGCGCUCAGCGAGAAUCCGUCUCGUCUGGUAGCAAAGGAGUGUCUUCUCGACGAGGAUCACCGGUUCGGGAGCUCGCCAGAAAAGACACACGCCCAAGUCAGGAAUGCCUUGAUAAAGCACUGGUUUCAGGAAGUCGGGUAUCUCGAAUUCCACCAUUACUUUGCUCGCGGCGGGUUGAUAUGCGAACCGGAGAAGGAGCCGUGGCAUGGGCUUCGGAAAUAUGACAAAGACUUGACGGGCCAGUGGCUUUCGAACGAGAGAACUCCGCGAGGACCGCGAGCCGGGCCGUCUGCCUCCUCGGCCAAUCGCGAGGCGGUUGUGAACGUCAAGUUCGGCGGAAACGGGCCCCGCGUGAUCCUUCCCAGCAACUCUCCUUACGCUGCAUUGCCCGACAGCUGCAUUUCCUUGCCGGAAGGCCGCCCCCUCCCCGAUCCAGACGACGUAUCCGGCUGUCCACCCCCGCCUUUCCGUCCUGGACGUCCUUCUUGGCCGGCGCCAUCGAUGGCUCCCGACACAGUAUACGCGCGGCUGCAAUGGGCGUCGCAGAUUCUCCAAGAGACGGGAGGUAUGGCGGCGCAGACGCUUCUUGAGGCUCUUAAAUGGAUAGCAAUUCUACCUCCAGUAGCAAACUACGACUAUGACGCAGAGUACUUUCGCCCACAGGCAGGUAAGCGCCGAAAAUGGACUGUGGAAAGCUAUCCAACGUGGGUAUCCUGGAAGGCCGAACGCUGUUAUAUAGAGACGCAGACUGAGAUCGACGGCCUCUCAGACUUUCUGCUGGCGAAGCCGUGGUCGUUCGAGCACGAGGGUAAACAGAGAUUCUCUGGUGUGCAGAUGGCGUGGAUUAUUGGCCUCUCAGGCGUAUUAUACGUGCGGGCGCUCAGGCAGAAUGAGGAGGCGUUCGUCAGCCCCCCGAGCCGCUGGUCGCUGUCCGGCGGACCAGAGUGGCAGAAACAGAUACGAGACUAUCGUUUUCCGCUGACGAACGACCAACUCAGGGUCAUUUUACUCGACUUCAAGUGCUACCUCGAAGACCUUGCCUUAUCCAUGCGGUCUCCCGGUCUUCCGCCGACAUUAUCGUAUUGCCACUUCCCGUCAAGAGAGCAGUACGUGCUGCACAUCAUCAAAGACGCGCCUCAACUUCAAGAUCUUGCAGAGCACGUUUUGAAUAUGCCGAGAACCGGGUCUAAAGAUAACCUCUCGUUGCCCGUAUUUUCAGGCCGGAGUGUCUGGCAACUUCCGCACAUGGGUAUCCCACGAAGUUCCAUGCGCAGCGACCUCGACGUGGGAGCAUUGAGACGCUCGUUCAUUCAACCCACCAUCUUCCUGGACGAGAAGGGCGGGCCAUUGUCCGCCGAGAGCGGUUUAUCGGCGCUGUUGGAGUUCGCGCUGGUAGCCGCGGAGCUAUCGCGGAUUCUUGCUCCGGCCAGCGACCUUCCGGCGUACCUCCGCAACUCUCCUCUCGCCGAAGCAUCCCUUUGUGCAGCGAUCUUGUCCGAUCUACUCUCGGCAGCAGCGGAACAGUCCGAAAAACUUUGUAAGGCGCUGGAGAAUUCUUCGACGGCGUCGAGGUCCCCACAUCUUGCCCGUCGGCCACCCGCCGCUGAAGGCGAGACUGCGGCGGAAGCUGCGCUACGUCGACACGCCCAGGACGUGGACGGAGAUCUCCUCGCUCACAGGAGGGAGGUCGAAGCGGACCCUCUCAAGAGACGCUUGCGAGCGGCCGUCUCUCAAGCGGCAGCAAGGCAAGAUCUAUACAAGGCCAAUGAGAGACUCAGAAACGAUCAGAAUGCUCAGAACUUGGCAUCUCACCAAAGCAUACAUCCGAAGAAACCCCCGGCUGAUCCUCUGAUCCUACCCGACCUCGAUCACGUCCAUCGUCCCUUGCAGUACACUACAGGAGAGCCACCCAUCUUUACAACCGGGACUGGGAGCAGCCAUAAGCGAGGCGUUCGUCCGAAGGCUCGCGCAAUCGACGCGGACCCGUCGUCCGAUCGCACGCGAAGGCCAAGAACGUCGCGCAGGGCAUUGAAGUCGGACGCAAGGAAUGCCGUAGCCGUAUCAGCCUCCAACAAUGUUUCCGACGCGUCCUCGCACAAGAGAAAGGCAGCGAAUGGCGAGACGCGAGUUCCCGCUAAGUACCGCCGCGCGUCUAUUGGCGGCUCGUCGACUGGAUCGCCGACAGACCCCGCUAGAAUUCCGCUCUUCUUACCCGAUGGGAGUGACGACAGAAACCUGAGCGACCCUAUCGAUUCCGAUGACGAAUUGCCGCCCACAAUUUCCAUACCCCGCAAGACCUCCGGUCCGGCUGUCAGCGCGUUUUCGAACCAGGAUACCGAGGGGAGCGGAGUUCAUGCGAGGCUCAGUCUCGACCCAGUCGCCGUCAGUCCGGGCGAGGAACCCGGUGGCGAAGAUGCAGCGUUCAGAAAGACCGCCCUUCUUCCAGAGGCGGCCGAGGAUCGACCGAAGACACUCGCGCCCCGCCCUCGUCCGCGGCGCAAAAACCCGCAAGCGGCAACCACGGCGGGCAUCAGCACAGCUUUCGAUUCGUGA